UUUGAAUUUUCUGUUCGUUUCUAAAACCGGAAGUUGGUUCCUUAAAUUCGUUCACUUCACACACUGCGUACGCUCUGAGAAUGGUCGUGAAUUGCUUGAAACCAUGAAUCAUCAUGCACGUACACAGAAUACGGAAUCAAGGUCAAGCAGGAAACCUGUGACCACAAGACUACAAGAAGCAGAUGGAAAAGGUCAACCUGUGUUACACAGCCCUGAGCUGCCAGCAACAUCCUGGGCCAGUGUGGCCUCUCUGCUGCCAGUGAAGACAAUACGUGCUCUCAACUCCAGGACCACCUCCCAGGAGGAUCAACCACAAUUAGCAUUGGAACAAGUGUCAGAGAAGAAAAGGAAGAAGAAAAAGAAAUCAAAAAAAUCAAAUGAUGAUGGACAGGUGGAGAACUGUGACACCCCAACUACUGACCAGAGGCCACCACAGUUUCAGGAUGAAGGGGAAUUUCCAGAAUUGGCUCUUGCAUCUGUCAGUGGGCGAAGCAAUACCACAGGCCCUUUCUCCUCCAGCAGCCUGGCAAAGCAGCAGAACGAGAAAUUUGAGAAAAAUGGUGGAAAGAAGAGCAAGGUUCCUGUGCAGCUUGACCUGGGGAGCAUGCUGGCUGUUCUGGAAGGGAAGCAACAGUCAUCAAAAUCCAAGCAUGAUACUAAGCCAAUUGUCCUCUCAGUUGGAGGGGCAUUACCAGUGUUUCACAAGGACCCCUCUGCACAGAAGCACCUCCCAAGGCACGUGUCCCACAACCCUCUGGACUCCACCAGUCCCCUUGUGAAGAAAGGCAAGCAGCGAGAAGUUCCGAAAGCAAAAAAACCCACGCCUCUGAAAAAAAUUAUUUUAAAAGAGAGAGAGGAGAGGAAGCAGAACCGCUUGCUGGAGGAGCAAGGAUUUGUGCCUCAAACUGAAGAAUCUGGGCUCUCCAGUAAUCCGAACGAAGACCUACAGGGAACCACUGUAUCAGAGGAGGACCCGCUCGGUCUGACAAGGGCAGACAGUCAGAUGCUGGAUUUCCCAAACCCUAAGCUGUAUGAAGACGAUGAACCUGAACAGGAGAUAGCAGAAGAGAGCACCCAUCUGGAGGCCUGUUUACCCAGUCAUCCUAAAAUCCACAGUCGGAAGUUCAGAGACUACUGCAGCCAAAUGCUGAGCAAAGAUGUGGAUGAAUGUGUGACCAUCCUGCUGAAAGAGUUGGUCCGGUUCCAGGAUCGCCUGUAUCAGAAGGAUCCCAUGAAGGCCAGAAUGAAACGGCGGUUGGUCAUGGGCCUGCGGGAGGUUCUGAAACAUCUCAAACUGAGGAAGAUCAAAUGUGUCAUUAUUUCCCCAAACUGUGAACGUGUACAGUCCAAAGGUGGUUUGGACGAAGCGCUCCAUACCAUCAUUGACACCUGUCAGGAGCAGUGUGUCCCCUUUGUCUUUGCCCUCUCCCGGAAGGCCCUGGGACGCUGUGUAAACAAGGCAGUGCCUGUUAGCCUGGUUGGCAUCUUCAACUACGAUGGCGCACAGGACCAUUAUCAUAAUAUGAUUGAGCUUUCAUCCCAAGCCAGGAAGGCUUAUGAAGUGAUGAUUGCAAACUUGGAAAACUCAGCUGAAGAAGAGAAGAAAAUUCCUGUUGAUGAACAUAGCCUUGACACAACAGUUAGUCCAUUAGAAAAUGAAGAACCAGAAUACAUUAAGAUCUGGAAGAAGAUGCUUGACAUGGACUGUCCGGAAUGCAGAUGGAUGAAGAGGAGGGAAGUUGUUGAAUAAUUAUAAAGUGUAUAAAAAGUUUUAUUUUCCUGUCCUUUUUUUUGGCUCAAUGUCAAAUCAGAUAUGCAGAGAGAAGCUUGCUAUUUUAUCCAACAUAACUGAAAAGUGUUUUUUCUUCCAAGUCCAAACCAAUCAUCUAUAUGCUAGAAUCUGGGACCAUGUUUGUAAUAAUAAAUACAAUUGUGCCAAUUUUGUGAUCCAAGUGCAUAUUUUCUGUGGACAAAUGUACCCAUUCCUAAUCAUUGCAUCUUAAUUUGUAUUAAACUACCAUGAUAUUGA